AUGGAGUGGUUGAUUGCUGCCGGUGGAGAUGCCAACAGGAUCUAUAACUUCAAUUGCAGCGAAAAGUACGCGACGCCUGAAGAGUUCACUCUGAAGGAUGGUACACCUCGUCCGGUCCUCGGAUACAUCGAUUUGCUCUACGGAACCAUUAUCAUGAUGCUCUAUGUUCCAUGUCUCUGUGUGAUGAUGCAGAAGGAGAAUAUACGUCUUUCGUGUUUCAAAAUCAUGUUUUUGCUUGGUUUCAUCGAUUUGUGUGCCAUUGGCGUCAACUCAGUAACCACUGGAAUCCUUCUAAUCGAGGGAGCCGUCUACUGCUCCCACCCAAAUGCAAUUUUCAUCGCCGGCUCCCUGGGACUCGGUCUCUGGUGCGCAGCCUGCCUGAUUUGUCUGAUUCUUGUGCUCAAUCGUGUCCUAGACAUCCUCUUCCCAACCUUGGUUAAAAAAUACUUCUCCGGAUCGCGAACCACCAUGGUUCUCAUGAUUCCAGUCGCGUACGGACUCUAUUUCAUCUUUCUCACUCCCCCACUCCUCUUCACUUCGAAAUACCAAGCCUGGUUCUUCGACCCAUUCAUCUAUGCAGACAAGACCCUGGAGUACCAAAACUACCCACAUACUGCGAACAAUUUGUUCAUCGUGGUUGCCACAUGUGCGCUUUAUGGAUAUUUUUGUGCCGCUAUUGCCAAGCAGUUCAGGAAGAGGGUGGAGUCGACUAAUAAGAGAUCUCAUUCACAGGCUCACGAGCUUACUACUUCCCAACCUCUGAUCUCUUUUCUUCAGAUCUUCCUCCAAUCCACACUCAUCUGCUUGGUCAACUUUGUCGCCGCCAUGGUCUACGUCUACAUGCAAUUCUUCCCAGUCGCCGAUUUCGUCAUUGUCAUCGGACACAUUUCCUGGCAACUCGGACACGGAUGUCCAGCGUUCAUCUACCUCUUCAUGAAUACCACCAUUCGUAGUGGGGUCUCCAGAAUGUUUAGAUUGAAGAGAUCUCAUGUUCAUACAAAAUCCACUACCACUGUCUCUAUGGUCGGUCAACACGGACAUGGUCAUGGACAUGCACCACCAGCUCACUCCAGCUCAAUUCAUUGA